AUGGACGCCGCCGGCGCCUGCCCCGACGGCGGCGGCGGCGGCGCGCUGCCGCUGGGCGUGCCGGCCGUGCCCCCCGGCUUCGCGGCGGUGGCCCUGCCAGAGGGCUUCACGGUCGACGCGACCGGCGCGCUCUGCGGCCCCGACGGCGCGGCGCUGGAGGACCAGCAGGCGGCGCUCGCGGCGGCGCUCGCGCACGCGGCGGGGGCCGCGGGCGAGCUGGGCGGCGAGGUGGACGAGCAGCACGCGGAGCUGGUGCAUCAGCAGCUCGCGGCGAUGCUGCAGCAGCAGCCGGAGGCGUUCCACCCUUACGCCCCUGACGACCUCGGCGCGGCAGCUCAGGGCGCGGGCAGCAGCGGCGGCGCGGGCGAGCGACCGCAGCAACAGCAGCAGCAGCCGCGAAAACGGCAGCAGCAGGAGGAGCAGCAGCAGCAGCAGGGGCGGCAGGAUGAGGGGGCCGUGGGCGCGCAGCGGGCCGGGUACUACGCGCCCCCGGGGCUCCAUGCGGCCAAGCAGCUGGCGGCGGCGCUGCAGCAGCAGGAGCAGCGGCAGCGGCAGCAGCAGCAGCAGCAUGACGAGCUCGCCCGCGCCGGCGGCGACGAGCUGGGAGGCGGCGCGGCCGCACUGGCUGUUUUUGGCGGGCUGCCCGGCGGCGGAGGCCACGUGCCAGACAUGUUUUUUGCGCAGCCUGCGGUGCAGCUGACCUGA